ACAGCGCAGCGCAGCAGAUUUGGAUCCGCAGCUGCUUUAGGUUGCUUUUGUUUGAGCUCUCAGCUCAGUCGUGAAGAAACACAGCGAAACUGGACUAUUCACACUGAAUUCUCGACCUUUAACGAAGCGACUGAGUGAAAGGAGUAGGAAUUGAGAAAACUAUCCCAUUACAGGCACUGUGGAGUUACUUUGUACGCAUAAAGGAGCCAGACAUGCCUAUACCGAGGGUGAGGAAGCCUGCAGUCACUGCUGGGAGCAAGAUACCCAAGCUGACUGCAACAACCAGCGAGAACCAGGAGGAAGGCACCCAGGCGAAGAGGUCCUCCUCUCCUCCUCAUGGAGCCCCCAAAAAGAGGACUGCUUUCAUCGACAUCACUAAUGCUCACAAGGUCCAGCUCAGCAUCCCGGGGAGGAAGAAGGACGCGGCGAAGAAGCAGGCGAAGAAGACGAGCUCUGCCACCGUGUCGACGAAGAACCAGGCCAACCUGAAAAAGUCUUUGUCCACGAGCUCGGAGGGGACGCCGAGCGAGAAAGAGAAGACGGACGCAGAGGAGGAGGAGAGGGAAGAGGAGGCGCAGAGCGACGCAGCAGCUCCAGUCGAAGAGCUGGUGGCUGCUGUGGAGGUCCCUGAACACCUCCGGAAACAACACAUCCCAGAGGAGUUUGACAUCGACUCUGAGAACUCUGAGGACUGCUACAUGUGCCCCGAGUACGCCAAGGACAUCUUCGACUACCUGAAACAGAGAGAGGAGAAGUUCGUCCUCUGUGACUACAUGCCCACGCAGCCCAGUCUGAACCUGGAGAUGAGGUCCAUCCUGAUCGACUGGCUGGUUGAAGUGCAGGAGAACUUUGAGCUGUACCACGAGACCCUGUACCUGGCCGUGAAGAUGACAGACCACUACCUGGCCCAGACUCCGGUCCACAGGGAGAUGCUGCAGCUCAUCGGCUCCACCGCCAUGCUCAUCGCCUCCAAGUUUGAGGAGCGCAGUCCCCCCUGUGUCGACGACUUCCUCUACAUCUGCGACGACGCCUACAAGAGGGAGGAGCUUAUUUCCACAGAGGCCAACAUCCUGCAGGCGCUCCGCUUCGACAUCAACAUCCCCAUCCCGUACCGCUUCCUCAGACGCUACGCCAAGUGUGUGAGCGCCGGCAUGGACACGCUGACUCUGGCGCGGUACUUCUGCGAGAUGAGUCUGAUGGAGAUGGAGCUGGUGACGGAGAGAGGCUCGCUGCUGGCCUCCGCCUGCCUGCUGAUGGCGCUGGUCACCAAAGAGCUGGGAGGAUGGAGUCCCAUCCUGCAGUUCCACUCCGGGUAUCAGACGUCAGAUUUGGCGCCGGUUGUCCGGAAGCUCCACGUGAUGCUUUCAGCGCCGCCUGACGACAAACUGAGAGCAAUCAGGAACAAAUACGCCCACAAGGUGUUUUUUGAAGUUGCAUCUCUGCCGUUGGUCGACAUUGACGUUUUGGAGAAAGCGUUCUCUCAGUGAGGGAAGAGAAAGCCUUCCAUAUAAAGGAAAAUAAUAACCUAUCUCUGAAACCUUGUACAUAACUUGUUAAUAUGUUUUAAUAUUUAUGAACAUAGUCUAGUCUGCCUUUUUAUGUAAUAUUUGAAAUAAAUCUGUACUUCCAGUUUGUCAUGGAAAAGAGUUUUAACGUGGGCAUUUUGUUAAAGUUUCCCCGGCGUAUUGUUUUCUUAAUUAAGAACUUCUUUUAGUUACAUUUCUUCUUUUUUUUUAAACGAAGAGAAAAACAUCCUUCAAAGAGUGAGACGUGAGUGAGCCUCCCUUUUUGAAUGUUUGUAGCAGAUGGUUGGAGUUGAAGAGGAGAUGAACUCUACUACCGGCCCACACGUUCUUACAGUCACGUCAUGUUGUUGAGGUUAGCAGGUAUGCAUGUGCUGUACAGUGUUUAUCAUGUUAAUACCGUAACGCCAUGUCUGCGUAUAAAAGACGAGCGGAUGAUGCUGUGCUAUUUUUAAAUGGCUGUCAUUGCGUACUCUGAAAAUAAAGAUGUUUUUUAUGUGUUUGAUAAAA